UAGCCACAAAAACUGUUUGUAAAUACUGUUAACUGUUAAUAGUUGUAAGAAUAAAUAGCUAUAAGAAUAAAAUGUGUAAUCUUAUUUGAUGAAAUCUAUGAAGACCUGACAAAACCUAUUUAGAUGCAAUGAAUCUUAUAGAACUCCUAAAUAAUUCCGUAAUGUCCAUUUGUUCCAAAGCGCCCCAAAAGAUGGCUUCCCCACAAGUAUUCAAGCACGAUCGAACGAAUAUCGCAGUAAGUCGGGGUAGCUCGAGGUCGAGUGGUGGUCUGUCAAUGAUAAAGGCAUUCCAGCGGCAAUUUCGAACCCCGGCUCUUCAUUGGCAGCUAUUUAAAAGCGGUCCUUCAAGCUCACCUUCCACCCAUGCGUUCGUUUUCAGUUCGAUAUAGAAUUUGAUCGACUUCGGGUCAAAAGUCAAUUUUUCCUCGCAAUGAAUCCUUCUCACUGCCUACUUCUCCUCGUCGUCGGAACCUUUUGCGUUUAUGGUCUCUGGAAAACAGGGUCAUUAUCCUGGCAGAGGUCCACCGUGCACGCGAAGGCGUCCAUACAGUUCGACCUCUCGAUCCCAGCCUCCUCUCCGUCGGCUCUUCACCGAUUCUCCAACAAGACGAGUAAGAGAAACAGCGAGAAGAGUCACAGGAAGUAUCGAGGCGCCGUGUCGAGGUACAUGCUGGAGUUAUAUCACCGGAGGUCCGAUGUGGACAUAGUCCGAGCGCUGCAACCCAUCCACGUAUCGGGUCCCACGAACGAUGGAGCCAGGAUCCUGGUGUUCUCCGUGCCUCUGGUAGCACCUGAAGAGAGUCUAGAAGCUGCAGAAUUGCUAGGAGUAGCCGGAGCCAUCCUCAGAGUGCGUUUGGACCAGGUGAACGCUUCCGAGAGCUGCAACUCCAGGAAGGACGACAACUGGAGGGCCUUCAACGUCACCUCGGCGGUAGCCUCAAGGACAGACAACAUCCUCAGGCUCAGAGUAUACGGCAGAGUCGGGUAUUAUCCUUGUGGUGAUGGUCCUAUCUUGCUGCUGAGCUACAGCAAGGUGAAACGCAAACGCUCCAGAAGAUCCGUUCAAGAAGAGGAGGAAGACGAAGGUCCUCGUAGGCGACGCAAGAACUCCUGCAGACGCAGAUCUCUGUACGUGGACUUUGCUUUAAUUGCGUAUGACGAGUGGGUAGUCGCUCCACCGGGCUACGAAGCGUACCAGUGUGCGGGAAAGUGCUUCUAUCCGUUCGGUGAUCAUCUCAGCCCCACGAAACACGCGAUCGUGCAAACUUUGGUGCACGGAGCUCUCCAGGGUGUGGACGGAGGGAAACCUGUUGGGAGAGCUUGCUGCGUGCCGACGAGGCUAGCGCCUACUAGUUUGCUGUAUUUGGAUGCUAGCGGGACUUUGACUUAUCAGUAUGGAUAUGAAGAUAUGGUGGUUGCGGAAUGUGGUUGUCGUUGAAAUUUUGAAGAAUUCGGAAACGAUAAAACUGACACGUGGAGUGAGCUAUCGCUUUUGACUUGAUGAACCGAUGAGUUCAAGUUCUUUCGAUAUUUGAUUUAUAAAUAUUUAGAGACUUUUUUGUGGUAAUUGGUAGAUCAUGAAAUUGUAUAUUUGUGAAAUAAAAAUAAAACAAAG